AUGUGCCAAUCCUCCCCACCAACACUUCUCACCCCAGGUCUUCAAGACACCGCCUCAUUAACUCAGAAGUUUGAGUUUAACCCAAAGCUGGGUAUUGAUAAUCCAGUCCUCUCCUUGUCUGAAGACAACUUCUCUGAUUCCUGGAGCCUGGAGCGACUUCGCUUUUGUCUGCUGAGCAAAGAGGAGGGCAGGAGUUUUGGCUUCCACCUGCAGCAGGAGCUGGACCGAGCUGGACAUGUGGUGUGCAGAGUGGAGCCAGGCUCCUCUGCACAGAGUCAGGGUCUUCAAGAAGGAGACCGGAUCCUGGGGGUGAACAGCGAUGUGGUGGAACAUGAAGACUAUGCAGGGGUGGUGCGCCGUAUCCGGGCCAGCGGUCCCCGGGUGCUGCUGGUGGUUUGGGCUCGGCAUGUGCAUGAUGUGGCCCAAGCUCAGCACGGUAGCGAUGCUCACUUCUGUCCUACCCUAGGCCCGGGUGUCCGGCCCCGGCUAUGCCACAUAGUGAAAGACGAGGGUGGCUUUGGCUUCAGUAUCACCCAUGGGCAGCACGGUCCUUUUUGGUUGGUGCUGAGCACUGGGGGAGCUGCUGAAAGGGCAGGAGUACCAACUGGGGCCCGACUGCUAGAAAUGAAUGGGGUCAAUGUGGAGAAGUUCACUCACAACCAACUCAACAGGAUGCUUUGGCAGAGUGGAAAGCAGGUGACCUUGCUGGUGGCAGGGCCAGAGGUGGAGGAACAGUGUCGCCAGCUUGGAAUGCCCCUAGCUGCACCCUUGGCAGAGGGCUGGGCACUGCCCACCAAGCCCCGUUGUCUGUACCUAGAGAAAGGACCCCAGGGUUUUGGUUUCCUGCUUCGAGAGGAGAAGAGGCCUGAUGGUCAUCCCGGGCAGUUUCUGCGGGAUGUGGACCCAGGACUGCCAGCUGAGAAGGCAGGGAUGCAGUCUGGGGAUCGGCUGGUGGCUGUGGCUGGGGAGAGUGUGGAGGGGCUCAGCCAUGAGGAAACAGUGUCCAGAAUCCGGGCACAGGGCUCCUGCGUCUCCCUGGUUGUCAUCGAUGAUGAGGCUGACCGCUUCUUCAGCAUGGUCCGCCUGUCCCCACUCUUGUUUUUGGAGAGCACAGAUGUUUGUGCCUCUCCUCAGGACACUAUCCAGGUGCCUUUGGUUGAAACCCAGGACCCAUCAGCUGAAGACACAGCUGUGCUCCCUGUCCUGCUUGACUCCCUCCAGUGCUUCCUGUACCCGGGGCCAGGAGGUGGCUAUGGCUUCCGACUCAGCUGUGUGGCCGGUAGGCCCAAUGUCUUCAUUUCCCAGGUGACCCCAGGAGGCUCAGCUGCCCAGGCUGGGUUGCGAAUGGGGGACAUGGUCCUGGAGGUGAAUGGGUGUCCUGUGAGAGGGAAGAAUGACCUGGAAAGGCUUCUGCAGCUGUCUGAGGUGGAACCACCCCUCUGCUUGAAGCUGGCAGCCAGGUCUCAGUAGGGCUGGGAAGCCUGGAUUCUCUCAAAGUCUGAAAAGGACUGGGCUCUGGCUUUGGAUGUGCUAUAG